AUGUUCAAGAAGAGAGUCGUUCAGGGCACGAGGCGACAGCGGUCACAGGAAAAGCCUACAGGGGGUAGGGAAAAUAACGCUGGUGAUGGUUCGGACGCCAGUUCCGGCACAGAAGAGGACAUAGAUCGUGGUGUGGUUAAAAAGAGGAAACUCAAGGAUGAGAAGCCAGUUGUGACAGAGAAGACAGAGAAGACAGAGAAGCCUGUCAAUAAGGACACCACAUCCUCAGAUGCAAGCACUCUUCUCUCCAAAAGCGAUUCCGCCACACGUACAGACCGGCUUGUUUCGGAGGAGUCCAUGUUGCUUGAGAAAGAUGCCAAGCGAAAGAAGGACUCGGUGAUGAAACGUGCUGCCAACGUGGCUGCCAACGUGAUUCUCGAUUAUCAGCCGGAUGUUUGCAAGGACUUCAAGCAGACUGGAUAUUGUGGUUUCGGUGACACAUGUAAGUUCUUGCAUAUUCGUGACGAGUUUACGAAGGUCAAGCCCAAGAGACGUGAUUGGGAGGAGGUGAUGAAAAAGAAUAAGAAGUGGUAA